AUGCUGUGUCUUCGCUGCUCCCGGGGCCUGGGUGCCUCCACAAUAUCAUCAAUUGCCUCACGAGCGGUGCAAAAACCGGUAAUUAAGGCGUCUUCGCAGAGGACAUUCACAUCCCUCACCCCCCUCCGGCCUACAAUCUCUGCAUCUGGCUUCAGGCCAUCUCUCGCCAUCUCUACCCCAGCCGCUUCAGCUUCUGUAGAAGCCCCGCUGGAUCUCCUGCCCAAGAUCUCCUCACAUCCCGCGUUGGGCGCUACGCAAAUCCGAUGCGGUCCGCGGAAUACAUUCAGCCCGAGUCACUUUGUUAGAAAGAGGAGGCAUGGAUUUUUGAGCCGGAUCAGGACGAGGAAGGGUCGCGCGACAUUGCAGAGGAGAAAGGCGAAGCGGAGGAGUACGUUGAGCCAUUAG